AACCAGAUAACGAUGCUUACCCACGUUGUUCCUCGCGGCCCUGCAGCCCUGUCCACCACGACGUGUACGCCAAACUCUCGAAUCCUCCCCAUCCCAGCCCGGUGAGGCUGGGGCCCUCGUACGUGCUGAAGAAAGCUCAGCUGUUGACUGCUGGAAAAAAGAAGAAAGAGUUACGUUACCGUAGCGUCAUCUCUGACAUCUUUGACGGCUCCAUUCUCAGCCUCGUCCAAUGCCUCACCUGUGACCGAGUUUCCACCACUGUAGAGACUUUCCAAGAUCUGUCGCUGCCGAUUCCCGGGAAGGAAGAUUUGGCUAAACUGCAUUCGGCCAUUUACCAAAAUGUGCCCAUCAAGGCAGGAGCAUGCGGCGACAACUACGCCGGCUCGCAGGGCUGGAUUGCCUUCAUCAUGGAGUACAUUCGCAGGUUUGUGGUGUCCUGUAUCCCCAGCUGGUUUUGGGGGCCCGUCGUUACUCUGGAAGACUGCCUGGCUGCCUUUUUCGCCGCAGACGAGUUGAAAGGCGACAACAUGUACAGCUGUGAAAGGUGUAAAAAGUAAGUUCCCUUUUCCCACCCUCCGUCGUGGGGAGAAGUCCUCCCUUCCCAUAAAAAAACCCACUCCCCCCCAAAAAGGGAUAUUUUCCCUGGUGGCUCCCACUUUGGCAAAUUUUGAGGAACGAUGCUCA